GAGGCCAAGGACCCGCCGAGCAGCGGGCCGUACUCGCGCUCGGGCGGCGCCUCCCAGGGGGGCGCCUGGGGCGACGGCUCCUGGGGCGGCAAGAAGGAGGAGCAGAAGGUGGCGCCGCCCACGCCCUCGAGCCUGCAGAGGUCGGCGCAGCCCGGCAGCCCGGCGCAGCCAGGCGCUGCCGCCGGAGGCGCCGCCGCCUCCGGCAGCGCCUCCUCGGUGCCACCCACGCCUGGCGGCGGAGCGGCUCCCGGCUCCGCGUCCAUGGGGCCACGCACGCCGAACGUGUUCCGCGGCGCCAACGCGCCGCCUUCGCCCGGCCCGGCCACCCUCGGGCCGGCGGCCCACACGCCCAAGGGCAUGCAGCCCCAGUCGCCGAAGCCCGAGGUGGUGAAGGAGGCCCCGAAGACGCCGCUCGGCCAGGGUGGCUCGGGCGCCCCGAAGACGCCCGGCUCCCUGACCCGCGAGCCGGGCCCGAAGACGCCGGCGGGGGCGGCCGCCACGCCCACGGGGGAGGCCGCGGGCACGCCCGCGCACGGCGCGCCCGCGACGCCCGUGCACGGUGCGCCCACCACGCCCGCGGGCCUGGGGGGGGCGGCGGCAGCGAAGGCGGGCGCGACGCCCGCGACGCCCACGGAGGUGAAGGUGGCGGCGAAGGCGGGCGCGACGCCCGCGACGCCGAAGGCGAAGGCGACGCCCGCGACGCCCACGGAGAUGAAGGCGGCUGCGAAGGCGGGCGCGACGCCGGCGACGCCCACGGAGAUGAAGGCGGCGGCGAAGGCGGGCGCGACGCCCGCGACGCCCACGGAGUUAAAGGCUGCCGCGGCGGGUGCCACUCCUGCGACGCCCCCGCAGCCGAAGGCGGCGGGGGCCUCCGCGGGCGUGCCGUCGACGCCCCCUGGCAUGACGUCCGAGGCGAAGGCGGCGGGGGCCAAGCCGGGCGUGCCGUCGACGCCCCCCGGCAUGACGUCCGGGGCGAAGGCGGCGGGGGCCAAGCCGGGCGUGCCGUCGACGCCCCCCGGCAUGACGUCCGGGGCGAAGGCGGCGGGGGCCAAGCCGAGCGUGCCGUCGACGCCGCCGGGCAUGAAGUCCGAGGCCGCGACGACGCCGGGCACGCCCCCGCCCGCCGUCGGCACGCCCGCGGGGGUCCCGGCGACCCCGCAGGGGGCGACGCCGGGGACGCCGCUGCCCGCGGUGGAGGACACGUUCGCGGCCGUCUUCGCGGGCGUCGACGGCGACGACGAGGCCAAAUCCGACAGUGCCGAUGUCAUGUUCCGCAAGGACGAGGGCAGCGCCUGA